UGCCCUCAGACACGUCAUCACUGCUGGCCGCGUACUGUUCUGCAGAUUUGUGUCACAGCCGCCCCACAUGUACAGUAGGGCACACAAGUUUGGCAGGCAACACUACGGGGCUCAUAUUAGGACGUUCGCCCCUUUAGUACUGUUUAUGUAGCCUGUUGGUGCCAGUUAUUCGGGUGUGAGUGCGUAUUCGGAAUGCGGAAGUGAAGGCAUGGUGUGUUUGGGCUCCACGAUGGACCGUGUUAGUAAACAGAAGGAAUGGGAGGGCCGCUGGGAUAGAAUUACUGCACAUUACUGAUUUGGACUACGGAGCACUGCAACACUGUUGGGAAGGAUUUUCGCUCAAGCCCAUUCUGCUACUAGCCUUCCCUUACUAUGGAAUGCACUGAGCCGCACCUCACUCAUAGGAGCAGCUUCUGCCAGGAAAAUGGGAAGGUUCCUAAUCUCCCAGUUCCAUCUACUCUCCAGGAAAUGGUCUCACACACAGCCACCGAGCAUGCCCACAGAAAUGCCGUGUGUUUCCACACUUGCCAGGAGGCUCCUGUCUAUUACACUUACAGCAAGAUGAUGCGACUGGCAGAAGAGCUUGCUCUCUUUCUGAAAUCUCACUGUAGGCAUACGGAAACCUGCAAAAUUGGUCUCUAUUGUAAUCCAGGAAUAAACCUACCUUCCUAUAUUAUUGGAAUUCUUCAGGUCCCUGCAGCCUAUUUUCCUGUAGAUCCAAGCAAUUCAUCAGAUGUAAGCAUCAAGUUAUUGGAAAAGAGUAAUGUUGAAUAUAUGCUUGUACAUAAGGACAUGGUGGAGAACUUUAAGCUGCAGUUCCCAGGUUUUGUAGAACUGGAUUCUUCAAGCAUACAGCAUAUUAAUGUAAAUCUCUUUGAGGUUAAAAGAAAUAAAAAAGCAAUUGUGCGUGGUCUGCAUAGACACCAGAAUGAUACACCUGAAGAGAAGCACAUGAUGUAUAAAGAACACAUGGAUAUGCGAGAGAAGCAUUGCUUAGCUUAUAUCCUACACACCUCUGGGACAACAGGGGCUCCUAAAAUUGUCAGUGUGCCGCAUAAGUGCAUAGUGCCAAACAUAUACCACCUUCGAUCUAUCUUUGCGAUAUCACCCGAUGAUCUCCUUUUUUUGGCUUCUCCUCUGACAUUUGAUCCCUCUGUUAUUGAGUUGUUUCUUGCAUUAUCCAGCGGAGCUUGUCUUCUGGUGGUGCCAAACCCCAUUAAAAUGAUGCCGCACAAAUUGUGUGACAUUCUUUUCCAUCAGCAUAGAGUGACAGUGUUACAGGCCACGCCUACUUUCUUACGACGAUUUGGUUCACGUUCCAUCCGAUCAUCUGUGCUGUCUAAGGGAACAUCUCUCCGGGUGCUUGCACUUGGUGGUGAGCCUUUUCCAUCAGUCAGUGUCCUCAGAAGCUGGAGAGAACCAGGAAACAGGACGCGCCUUAUUAAUCUCUAUGGCAUAACAGAAGUGUCUAGCUGGGCAACUUACUAUGAGAUCACAGAGCAAAUGAUUAGCCAUCAAACAGGAGAAGAGUCAUGUGUUCCACUUGGUUUUCCACUUCAAGGGACAAUAGUUGAAGUUCAGAACGAAAAAAGCUAUAAAAUAGAUGAAGGAGAAGGGCAAGUACUUCUAGGUGGUAGAGAACGUAUAUGUUUUCUAGACAAUGAAUUCAUUUUGCCCUAUGGAACCAUGAGAAAAACAGGGGACUGGGUUACAUUAAAGGAUGGGGAAAUGUAUUUCUUGGGAAGGAAAGAUAAUCAGAUCAAACGCCAUGGAAAACGGCUGAAUAUUGAAUAUGUACAGCAGUCAGCAGAAAGCCUGGCCCACGUGGAAGCCUGCACAGCUCUGUGGUUUCAGGAAAAACAGUUGGUCAUGUUUGUUAUCCCAAAUGGUCCCUUAGAAAAGAAGUUCCUUUGGAAAGAGUUGCAGUCGCAUCUACUAAGCUAUGCGGUACCUGAUGAUCUGGUUUUGGUAGAAACAUUACCUCUAACAAAGCAUGGUAAAAUGGACACAUCCAAGUUGAAUGAUAUGUAUUGUGAAUAUAUAAAUGAAAAAAAAUCAAUCUGUACAGUACUAGGAGCUGAAGAUUUAUGGAACCGAUUGCAACGUUUAUGGAAGACCAUCUUAGGCUUGCCUGAAGAUUGUCCUGCUGUUCCUGAGGAUUCUGUUUUUCUGCUUAGUGGCGGGGAUUCCCUUAAAGCCAUACAAUUUCACCAAGAGGUAGACAUUCUUGUUGGCAGACCUGUAACAGGUUUAGUUGAGGUCAUACUCAACAACAGCUUCCUUGAUAUUUACAAACACAUUUCUAAAUCCGUGCAAUUAAGUGAAGAGCACAGAAAUACUGACAUCAGUCAGAGUACAGCUGAUAAUCUGAGAAAUAUAAAAGAAAGAGAUAGCAGGAUAAAACAUUUGGGCAAAAGGAAAGAUCAAGCAAUAAUGGAACUGGAAGGAAACAGGAACUUGUUCAUUUCUCUCAGUAGAGGAAGUCGUUUACUUGGUAAUGUGCUUUUGUAUUCUGAUACCAUGGCUCAGCAGCACAAGUUAUUCACUGGACUAAGCCAAGAACUGUUAAACAUAUUUGAAAUACAUUGUAUGAACUCUGAUAGCAAAAGAACAAAGAAAGCUCAGUACAGACUAUGCGGUCAGUCUUCUCCAAUCUCUGGAGUGGCAUCUACUCAAACUCAAGGUCUUCUAUAUGGCUUUUUGUGCCUGCAGGAAAGAUGGACAUCUGACACUGGCAAAUGUGUUGAUGCUUCACCUCUUCUUGUGAAAUCAGCCAUCAGAGACUCUCUGGUGAUUUACAUUGGGUCUCAUUCUCACAGAAUGCAAGCUCUUGAUCUGCCAACUGGGCAAGUGAUAUGGGAAAGAGUCCUGGGAGAUCGUAUUGAAUCUUCUGCUGGAGUGUCUAAGUGCGGCAGAUUUAUUCUUGUUGGCUGCUAUGAUGGUUCACUUUAUGCCCUGAGUAACCACAAUGGGGAAACACACUGGAUUUUUACGACUGGGAAUGCAGUGAAGAGCUCUCCUGCCACCGAUUUCCUGAGUGGGCUUGUAUAUAUUGGCUCACAUGAUGGUCACAUAUAUGCUUUGGAUAUUGAAGCAAAGCAGUGUAUCUGGAAGUCUCACUGCGGAGGGGGUGCUGUGUUUUCUUCCCCUUGUGUAAGCACUGAACCAUAUCACUUAUAUGUUGCUACUCUUGAAGGAUUAAUAAUGGCUUUCCAUCCACCUACAGGGCGCACUAUCUGGAGAUAUGCAUGUGGGAAGCCUGUAUUUGCAUCACCUCAGUGCAGCCAUGACCAUGUGUUUGUUGGAUGCGUGGAUGAAAAUUUCUACUGUCUCAGCCAUGCAGGAGAAAAGAUUUGGCAUCUUAGCACCAGUGGGCCAAUAUUUUCCUCUCCAUGCCUCUCAAAUCUCUCUGGGUGCAGUAUAUUUGGGUCACAUGAUGGCUACAUUUAUUGCUGCAGUUCUGAGGGGCUUUUACUGUGGAAACACAAAACAAGUUCAAAAGUAUACGCCACUCCGUUUGUGUUCCCUAACCCAUGCAUUGAGGGCAGGGAGCUGGUGGCUGCAGCUUCUACCGACGGAGACUUGUAUAUACUGGAUGUCCAGAGUGGCAGCGUAAUCACUGAGCGCAAACUGCCCGGGCAGAUAUUCUCUUCCCCUUUGGUAUGGGAAAGCAGCCUUAUUGUUGGCUGUAGAAAUGACUUUGUGUAUUGUUUAGAGCUAUUCUGCAAAAAUGCCAUCAAAUAAAAAAAUAAUUUUCGGUA